ACAGAUACAUCUUCUGUUCUAAAGGAGGCAAUGGAAUACAUAGGAUUCCUUCAUAAACAAGUUAAGCUGCUCAGUGCUCCAUACCUUGAAAGUUCAGCAGCAGCCAAGAUGCAGGGUAUGGAGACAUGCAGCCUGAGGAGUAGAGGGUUAUGCCUUGUUCCUGUGUCAUUUACAAUUGGAGUUGCUGAGAGCAAUGGUGCAGAUAUCUGGGCUCCUAUCAAAACUACUACUUCACCUAAAUUGGAGAAGGAUGUCUCGCAAUUUCAUUGA